AUGCCAGUACCUGUCCUCAGCGUGCCAGUACCUCACCUCACCGUGCCAGUACCUCACCUCACCGUGCCAGUACCUGUCCUCAGCGUGCCAGUACCUGACCUCAGCGUUCCAGUACCUGUCCUCAGCGUGGCAGUACCUCACCUCAGCGUGCCAGUACCUCACCUUAGCGUGCCAGUACCUCACCUCAGCGUGCCAGUAUCUCACCUCAGCGUGCCAGUACCUCACCUCAGCAUGCCAGUACCUCACCUCAGCAUGCCAGUACCUGACCUCAGCGUGCCAGUACCUGACCUCAGCGUGCCAGUACCUGACCUCAGCGUGCCAGUACCUGACCUCAGCGUGCCAGUACCUGACCUCAGCGUGCCAGUACCUGACCUCAGCGUGCCAGUACCUGACCUCAGCGUGCCAGUACCUGACCUCAGCGUGCCAGUACCUGACCUCAGUGUGCCAGUACCUGACCUCAGCGUGCCAGUACCUGACCUCAGCGUGCCAGUACCUGACCUCAGCGUGCCAGUACCUGACCUCAGCGUGCCAGUACCUGACCUCAGCGUGCCAGUACCUGACCUCAGCGUGCCAGUACCUGACCUCAGCGUGCCAGUACCUGACCUCAGCGUGCCAGUACCUGACCUCAGCGUGCCAGUACCUGUCCUCAGCGCGCCAGUACCUGUCCUCAGCGUGCCAGUACCUGACAUCAGCGUGCCAGUACCUCACCUCAGCGGGUCAGUACCUGUCCUCAGCGUGGCAGUACCUGACCUCAGCAGGUCAGUACCUGACCUCAGCGUGCCUGUACCUGACCUCAGCGUGUCAGUACCUGACCUCAGCAGGUCAGUACCUGGCCUCAGCGUGCCAGUACCUCACCUCAGCGUGCCUAUACGAUCCAAAACUUGUACCAAUGUGACGUCAUAG